AAUCAUGUUAGUCUGUGUAAAAAUUUGCAGUAUAUAUUUAGGUAAUCAGUACCGCCAUAAGUAAUACAUGCAAGGUUAAAAUCAAGAUGAAUGUGUUUUACACGAAAUGACCCAAAAUCUUGAGUGUUAAUUAGCAAUUCUGUAUCUCAUGUCCCUCUUACCCGCACCAUUAGUCCCCUACCUCCUAAUCAAGAACAUGGUAAUCCCCGACCCCAGCCCCUUAACACGAGAGCUUUCCGUCCGACUCCUCCCCUCGGCAGUACAAGUGUGUCUUCUGAUUUGUGCGGAAUGCAUGUGCUUUGGAUUGUCAAUUUCUGGGGACUUUUGAAGGCAAACUUCACCUUGAACCGAGCUAUAAUAGCACAUGGCAUGGCACUGCAGACAUUUCAAGCAACUAGGGAUCACUCGGUUUGUUUGGUGCUUGCUGGCUUAUUUUCUUGGGUAAGGGAGAUGAGGUCUCAUCUUCCUAAGGUAAGUCAAGUAAGCCAUGCUGCUAGGACUUGUGAUUAUCCCGUGUUCUUUUGUUUCAGAUUUGAAAUAUGGCCACUUAUUUCAGUGCACUUUAGUAUUAUAUGCUGACAUGUUUCUACGGGUUGUUUGAUUAGCUCAGGUUACCAAUAUCGUGGUACGUUCUUAAGGUUUUUAUGAAUUCUGUAUUGUGAAUAUGGCUGUCUGACGUGAAAUACAGAUCAGUGUUAUGCUUUGCAACUUGUGGAUUGACUGUCAAAGUAUCUGUUGCUGCAAAAUUUGCUACGUUACUGGAAAGCAUUGAGAAAUACUCAAAAGCAAACUUCUUAACAGGCUUAAAGGGAGAACAGAGUAGUCCGUGGAUUUGCAUCUGCUCUGAGCCGUUGAUUUCCCGCUUGAUUUGCAGUAAGGGUUGAUAUGUAUGACUAUUAUAGACCCGGAUUUGGAAUUGCGUUGCUUGAGUUUAGCUAAUAUCAACUUGCGCUUUUGGAUAGUUUGCACUUAACUGAUGAUAUCGACGGCAUACUGAAGUUGCUUGCGUUUAGAUGGGUUGCUUGCUUUUAAAUUAUGUCAAUUUGAGUUGAGGGUUUCAUGUGCAUAAUUAUUUGAUACUGACUUGUCUUUCAUGGUGCUUGCAUUUUUGCCUCUCAACUAUUGACUUGAUUUGUUGGGAUGCCGUUCAGGUAGUGGCAAAAAAUCUGAUUUUGAAAAGCUGAAUGCAAUUUAGUCAGGGAAAUUUUGCAGCUUGAUGUUAUAAUAUUUGAUGUUAAAUUAAAUUGGCUUUUUGCUAAGCGACGCAUAUUUAGGUUUUCAUUUCAGGUAAUCAUUUCGCAUAGUGGUUCACGUGAUAAAUGUUGAAUGAGAAUGAACUUUCGGCAAAGUGAGAUGCACUUUGAUAUUGAAUAAUGAAAAGGUUUCAACGCCGUGCCACAUUUUUGCAUUAGUACAGCAAUGCAAUUUGGACUAAUGGCUCUUACCUUAGCGUUAAAAUACGAGGUUAAUUUUAGGCACAUGUAAUUCAUAUCUGCAUCUCAAAUUGGUUUCGACUCAUUUUGGGCUGUAGUUUAAUUCGGCUUUUGGAAGAGGAAACGGUUUCAAAGUUCGGGUCUUGAUGUCAGUAGAGUCGUUCUGAUGGAAGUUAGACAUCGCGGGAAGAGACCAGAGGGAACGGAUUGACUUUAAAAGGCAGAGAGCAGCCCAGCUGGGGGGCGCACUGUAGAUUAUGGUGUCGUUGUGGGGAUGAAUAUAUUUUAUAUUUUGUUCUCUACUGCCUACUUGAAUUUUUUUUUAUGUUUUGAUUUUAAGGUCAUAUAUGCAACCUUAUUUCUACCACUAGCAGCUGGCUUAAGGUUAUCCAGAACAACUAAACAUUUUCAGUUCAUACUACCUUUGCGAACAUGUAAGCAAAGUCCUUGAGAUUGUCCUUAUUCUUGAACAUUAUGCAUGACCUUGACCAUUUUCUGGGUAACCUUUCCGUCUCAUAGCCAUGAAGUAGGGCUUUGAGAGUAGGAAGUAUUUUGUCAGUACUGUAGCAUAAUCACUUUGCCUUUUUUGUUCCCGAAAAAUCAUACCAAUCGCUUCAGAAAAAUCUAUUUGCGCGAAGUGAAUACAGAAUUCUACUCACUUUCGAAGAAUCGGCCUGUGUGAAAUGAAUGUACAAGUAUCCAAUCUCGCCCGUGAUCCAAUUUGUGUGAAUUGAGUAUAGAAGGUAGACGUCGUUCGAAGUUCAUUCAGCCCUUAAAUUUAAAUCAGAAAAAAUCCAAGAGUUGAAUGAAAUACGGGUGACCUCGAGGGUCAAAUUUUCACGCUUAGUCGGUGGCUCGACGAGGUCAUUUCCACAUCAAGAGCCGAUGGGGUCUGGUGAAGUGUGGGCGAAGUGUGGCUGAUCUGGGACUCCACGUGAAAAGGUAAAUAAAAGCGUAUCUUUAGACUUCGUUUAAUUUGAUACAUAAGAACUACCACUUAUAAAAUGACUAAUUGGUGAUCUCCAGGACACUUCUAAUUGGAUUUUUUUAUUUAUAGUUUUUCAGCAUAAGCAGUAAGAGAGCCCGCUACAUCAUAUACGAACUGAUGGCCAGAGAGGAUGAGAAGAGAGCUGUUGAUUAUUCCUUGAAGGCCACAUUGAUGUUGUGCACGCAAAGUUUUUCCCAGACGGCUCCGAGGCAGCGUUCGAGAACACUUUCCUAGAAGUUUGUUUGACUGUUUUUAUGGCUGUUUUUUAAAGCGCCCGGUUUUCUUGAGACUUGUGAUAAGGUGAUCACUUGGAUAAUGGCCGUUCGAGGUAGAUGGAGAGGCCUUCCUCCCCUCUGCUCCUGCCACUUUCUCUGUCUGCCACUGCUGCUGCUUCUGCUCCUCUCACAAAACAGUGAUGCCUCAGGGAGCGUUAAUGACGGGCCUUUGGAGUUCAGUGACAUUAUGCCCGAAAAUCCAAGGGACUACGACAAGAUGGCUCCGCCGAAGGGCGGCAAUGAACCCACCACUGUAUAUUUCCACGUGACAGUCAUGAGCUUGGACUCGAUUGAUGAAAGUUCGAUGACGUACGCAGCUGACAUCUUUUUCGCUCAGAGUUGGAAGGACUGGAGGCUACGUCUACCUGACAAUAUGACACAUGAGUAUCGGCUUCUACCUGUUAACUGGUUAAAGGACAUCUGGAGACCAGAUUCUUUCUUCAAGAAUGCCAAAGCCGUCACUUUUCAAGAGAUGACCAUCCCGAACCAUUAUAUCUGGCUGUAUCAAGAUAAUACCAUCCUUUACAUGGUCAAGUUAACGCUGGUGCUCUCGUGUGCGAUGAAUUUCCAGGUGUAUCCGCAUGACACGCAGGAGUGUCAUAUGAAAAUCGAAAGCUUAUCCCACACGACCGAUGACCUGGUGUUCAUGUGGGACCCAGAGGUACCUGUAGAGGUAGAACGUAGUAUAGAAUUGCCCCAACUAGAUUUGGUGAAAAGGUACACCGGUGACUGCACUCAAGUCUACUCAACAGGUAACUUCACCUGCCUGGAGAUCGUCUUCACGUUCAAGCGUCGCCUGGGGUACUACCUGUUCCACACGUACAUCCCAACAUGUCUCAUCGUCAUCAUGUCCUGGAUCAGUUUUUGGAUCCGACCUGAGGCCGUUCCAGCCCGAGUGACCCUGGGUGUCACUUCCCUCCUAACGCUGUCCACCCAACACGCCAAUUCUCAGAAGUCCCUGCCCCCUGUCUCUUACAUCAAGGCCAUCGACGUGUUCAUGUCGUCGUGCACGGUGUUCGUGUUCUUCUCGCUAAUGGAGUACGCCCUCGUCAACGUCCUUCUGGGAGAUGUCCCUGAGGAGCCCGAAGUGAGGAUGAGAAUGAGACCUAGAACACUUUUUCAGGUGGCUAGUCAGCAGGAGGCGGAGUCACCGAAGAAAGUCACGGAGUGUUUAGGGUCUUCAAGGGCUGGUGACUACGAGGCUUCGCCAGCCAGAUCCAAUAAGUCAGAGUGUUCGAGUCAACCCCCUCCUCCCUGCCUAACUGCUCAAAGGCGCUCCCCGGCGGUAGAGAGACGCCCUAAUGGCAGAAAAGCACUCUGCCAACAAGAGCUCGACGCCAUCACAACCAUCACAUCCCCCCUGGCCUCCCCCGCCAACGGCAUGUCACCCUUGGAGAUGACGACGGUGACCCCCGCGGCAGCGGCAGCAGCAGCAGCAGCGGCAGCGGCGGCCUCCUCUUCCUCCUCUUCCUCCUGCCCAGCCCACCUGUCUCCUCCGUCUCACCUGACCGCCGCCCACAUGGUCAACGGACCCAUGUUCAGCAGCGGGAUGCACCUGACCGAGAGGCACUUCCGCAAUGCUGUGCAUCAGCAGCAGCAGCAGCAGCAGCAUUACCACCACCAUGGCAGCGGGGGCGGUGGGAGUGGUAGCACCAGCAGCAGUAGCAUGAUUCAGCAGCAGCAGCAGCAGCACCCCAGCUCCUCGCAGCAUCACAGUGCUGUGCACAGCUAUGGCACCAUACAGAACCAGCAAGGCAUGCAACUCAACCUCACGUUCGGCUUACCACCUCCCCCUCCGCCUCCGCACUUGGGCAAAGCCAACGGCGGCAGCAGCAAAGCACAGAAACACAGUCGACUCCGCGAAAGGGCAAUUCUGAUCGACCGGGUCUCCCGCAUCCUGUUCCCCGUCUCCUUUACCGUCCUAAACAUCGUCUACUGGAGCGUGUUCGUCAUCGAGUGGGUCUGAAAGAGCGUGACCUUCUGUCGGCCAAGUCGAUGGUAUGGCUCCUCCUCCCCCUCUUCCUUCUCCUCCUCCUCCUUCAGUACCAAAGACAGAUGCUGCGCCAGUUGACACAUCGGGAAUGAUUCCGCUGGCGUGGAAAAGCACGGACGGGGAAAAAGUGAUGACUUGAUUGUUGCUGUGAAAAUGUAGGUGGCUGGUUGGGCUGUAAAGUGGAUACAGAUGGACACUGAAAGGAAAUCGUGUCUGGUAGAACAUAGAUAAAAUUGAGUUUAUUCAAUUAAUCACGAAGUAAACUUAAGCAAAUAGUUUUUGUGUCAUUGUAUGAUUCUGCAAUUGAUCUCUUUUGCACAUGUGGUAAAUAAAUCGAGAGAUCUUUCCUGCACAAGUCGAAUCAGUGUCAGCACGAAUUAUGUAUAUGUAAAGCAGUGGUGUAAUUGUCAAUAAUUAAUCAGUUGGAUGAUGAUGAUAAUGAUAUCAAUGAAGAAUAAUGAUUGGCAUUAAAUUUUCCCCUCUCUCUCUCUCUCUCUCUCUCUCUCUCUCUCUCUCUCUCUCUCUCUCUCUCUCUCUCUCUCUCUCUCUC